CCUUUUUUUCCUGUUAGCCUUAUUUGAUCCAGUCUCGAAGAGCGCGAAUCGUGUUAUAGCGCGACAUGUACCAUCUCUCAAGUAGUCAACCGCUCGAUCGAAAUCUGUUUUUGAGUCGCUCAUAGAUGAGAAAUUUUUGAUUGCCUUGACACGAAAAAAAUUAUUUUUUACCUCCUUGGUCUCCCUCGCAUAUGCCGUUAUGUAUAUUUGGGGUACUGAGCUCUGCGAACUUGCCAAUGCCCCGCCUGCCAAGUUCUGCGCAUAUCCCGUGCACUUGCAUUACUCUAGUCUCGUUGAGGCGCGAAUAGCCGUGGUAGCGUGCGGUCUCACUUUCAAUGUCGCGCUGACUGAGGACGGCGAGCUUUACAGCUGGGGAUACGGCGCAGUUGGUCAACUCGGCCUGGCCUAUACGACGGUUCAGCCUCGUCCUUGCAAAAUCACCGAGAAUAUUCCCGCGGGUACUCGAUUCAAGGACGUCUGCGCAGGGGAGCACCAUGUGCUCGCAUUGACCGAUUCAAACGAGCUCUACGCCUGGGGCGCCAACGAUAUGGGCCAGCUAGGCACCGGAGACUUCAUACCCCUGAACAGACCAACCAGGGUACUGCGCGAUGAAAAGUUCAAGUCGAUAUCCGCGCGCUCCGAUCACAGCGUUGCUCUGAACGAGCAAGGACAGUGCUUUGUGUGGGGAAGCGAAUGGAUGGGGCAAGCCGAAGACUCAAAAUUUGGCGCCAUUUGCUCGCCGAGAAGAGUGUCCGAAGAGCUGACCUUUUCUUGGGUCUGCGCCGGCGCAGACUGUACAUUUUGUGGAACAAAGAGAAACAAAAUCUAUAGCUGGGGAAAUGGAAGCCACGGAAAGCUCGGACAUGGAGAUAUCAAGUCUCAACUUUUUCCCACCCUGAUCAAUUUUUUCACAAAGCAAAACAUCCGCGUCGUGAAAAUGGCCGUUGGGGAUGCGCACGCACUCCUUCUGUGCAGCAAUGGCGAAAUAUGGUCGUGGGGUGGAAACGCCUAUGGCGAAGCCGGCCAAGAUUGUACCAACCGGCAACUGCAGCCAAAAAGAGUCGUUAUUUCUCGUGAAGCACCCACGUUCUUUGUAGACAUCGCCGCUGGCUGCAGGUUCAGCGUCGCUCUUAGUGAUCAGGGCGAGUGCUUCACGUGCGGUAGCGCGGACAACGGCGUGUUGGGGAACGGAGGCUCGGAGACUUCGGUUCUGUCAUUGACACCUAUUAAAUUCGACGGCUUCGCGAAAAGAGUUUUUGCAGGAAAAAAACCGUAUUGCCGUUCUAGAAUCCGAAAAAGCUCUGAUCUCCCAGUAACUCUCUUGAACCUUUGUCGGCAGCGGAGCUUCUCACUUGAUGAUCGCCCGCCGACCAGUUCUUAUGCGCCCCGUCCUAAGAAAUGCUAUGCUGCCUAAAAUUUAUUUUUAUUUUUUUUUUAGCCCUGUCACCACUCUUAAAUAAAAAAUAUCUUCAGCAGGCCUUUUGCUCGUAACUCGCACACACGUUAUUAUACGUACGAAGGGGCUAUAUGCUGCUCGCCUCGCGUUUUUUUUGUGUAUAUUUUUUGCUUCUUACUGGCGCUUGGCGUCAAUGCGGAGGAUGCCAGCAUCGUAAUACCCAACUCGGCGUCAGAAGGGCAGUCCUCAAAUCUCAUUUUCUCGGCCGUGUUCCACAAAAACGCUGAUUAUGUCUUCUAUCCCGACUCGUUCACCAGCAUUCUCGUCGGUGUGCACAACACUGGAGAAAGUGAUUGCGAAAUUGUUUCCAUCGGUGCAAGCCUCAGUUUGAUUUCGUCUCCCUCCACUCCAAUCAAAAUGUUCAGACCCAAUGAUUUCAAACAACCCGUUUCAGGGAACACGAGAGGUACCAUAGAGUACUAUCUAUUCAUAGACAACUUGAUCAUCCCUCAAGACUACGUCUUGUCUGUAUACGCCAACUACACGGAAGAUGGCCGACAAGGACUCAGCUCGGUUAUUUGCCAGAAAGAAAUCAAAAUCGUUGACACUCCAUCUUAUGCCGACUGGAUAGGCUUGUGCAUGCUGCUUGCCAUAACUGCCGUCAUUUUAUAUUUCGCCUAUAGGCCGUUGAAGGUCUAUUUCUUCAGGCUUCUCUCCUAUCUCAACUCUUUCAAACCCCGCUCGCGUAAGAAGGCGGCAGCUAAGCGCGCUAAUUAAAUACAGGCUGGAUAGAACUCA